AUGCCUGGGAACAAGUAUAAUGACAUUAACUCACAAGUCCCCUACAAUCGAGUGGCGAGGCUCGUGAGAGAAAGAGAGCUGAGAAGAACCAGCCGAGCUUCUUCUCCAAAUGAUGUUACUGAUGGCAAAAGAGGGACUGAGAUCUCUGGACAGGAUAUUUCAUUACCUCCCAACCUGGAAAGAUAUUUGGAAGAAGCUGCAGCGCAGGCGAUUAAUGGGGCACGAGAAAGGUCUGAUGAAAGGCCUAACCGACAGAGAUUGUUAGUGGUUGCUAAUAGACUUCCUGUAUCUGCAGUUCGGAGAAGUGAGGAUUCAUGGUCACUAGACAUAAGUGCGGGGGGUCUAGUAAGCGCUCUUCUCGGCAUGAAGGAGUUUGAGGCACGAUGGAUUGGGUGGGCAGGUGUAAAUGUGCCAGAUGAGAUCGGGCAGAAGACCCUCACUAAAGAGCUGGCUGAGAUGAGGUGCAUCCCUGUUUUCCUAGAUGAAGAAAUUGUUCAUCAAUAUUACAAUGGCUAUUGCAAUAACAUAUUGUGGCCUCUCUUCCACUACCUUGGUCUUCCCCAAGAAGAUCGACUUGCGACUACCAGGAAUUUUCAGUCACAAUUUGCUGCGUAUAAGAAAGCAAACCAAAUGUUUGCUGACGUUGUUAACAAUCACUACGAAGAGGGUGAUGUUGUUUGGUGCCAUGACUACCAUCUUAUGUUUCUUCCCAAAUGUCUUAAGGAAUACAACAGCAAAAUGAAAGUUGGGUGGUUUCUCCACACACCCUUUCCAUCAUUUGAAAUCCACAGGACUCUACCCUCUCGAACAGAGCUUCUACGUGCAGUUCUAGCAGCUGAUUUGGUUGGUUUCCACACAUACGAUUAUGCAAGGCAUUUUAUUAGUGCCUGUACUCGUAUUCUUGGACUUGAAGGUACCCCUGAAGGAGUAGAGAACCAAGGGAAGCUAACUCGUGUUGCUGUGUUCCCCAUAGGUAUUGAUUCAGAUAGGUUCAUUCGAGCACUUGAAGUCCCUCAAGUCCAGGAGCACAUCAGAGAAUUAAAAAAAAGAUUUGCUGGAAGAAAGGUGAUGCUUGGUGUGGAUCGCCUUGAUAUGAUCAAGGGAAUCCCUCAGAAGAUCCUAGCAUUCGAAAAGUUUCUUGAGGAAAACCCAUACUGGCGUGAUAAGGUGGUUUUGCUGCAAAUUGCAGUGCCAACAAGAACUGAUGUUCCUGAAUAUCAAAAACUUACAAGCCAGGUUCAUGAAAUUGUUGGAUGUACAAACGGAAGAUUUGGAACUUUAUCUGCUGUUCCAAUUCAUCAUCUAGAUCGUUCUCUUGACUUUCAUGCCUUAUGUGCACUGUAUUCUGUUACUGAUGUAGCACUUGUCACAUCUUUGAGGGAUGGAAUGAAUCUCGUCAGCCAUGAGUUUGUGGCGUGUCAAGAUUCCAAAAGAGGAGUUCUCAUUCUCAGUGAAUUUGCAGGAGCAGCACAGUCUCUUGGUGCUGGAGCAAUUCUUGUAAAUCCUUGGAACAUCUCAGAAGUAGCUGCUGCCAUAGGCCAAGCUUUGAAUAUGCCUGUUGAAGAAAGAGAGCAACGUCACCGCCAUAACUUUGACCACGUGACAAAUCAUACUGCUCAACAGUGGGUUAAGUUCUUCGUAAGCGAACUGAACAAUACUGUUAUAGAAGUUCAGAAAAGAAUAAGACAAGUUCCACCCCAACUAGUUUUCAGAGAUGCAAUCCAGAGCUAUUUGCAAUCUAAUAAUCGAUUACUUAUACUGGGUUUCAAUGCUACACUAACUGAACCAGUCGACAAUCUUGGAAGAAGAGGUGGUGAUCAAAUUAAAGAAAUGGAUCUGAAAUUGCAUCCUGAGUUGAAAGGACCUCUGACAAAGCUUUGCAGUGAUCCAAAUACAACUAUUGUAGUACUCAGUGGAAGUGAUAGGAGUGUCUUAGAUGAUAACUUUGGUGAGUACAAUAUGUGGUUAGCAGCUGGGAAUGGAAUGUUUUUGCGUUCCACAAGGGGAGCAUGGAUGACGACAAUGCCAGAGCAUUUAAGUAUGGACUGGGUUGAUAGUGUAAAGCAUGUUUUCAAGUAUUUCACUGAAAGAACGCCAAGGUCGUGCUGUGAGCGUCGUGAAACUUCACUUGUAUGGAACUACAAGUAUGCAGAUGUUGAAUUUGGAAGAUUGCAAGCUAGAGACAUGCUGCAGCAUCUUAGGACUGGUCCAAUGUAUAACUCGUCAGUUGAUGUAGUCCAAGGAAGCCGCUCAGUUGAGGUGCGGGCAAAUGGUGUUACAAAGGGAGCAGCUAUUAUUCAUAUACUUGGAGAGAUAGUUCACAGUAAAGCCAUUUGUAUUCCAAUAGAUUGUGUUUUGUGCAUAGGGCAUUUCUUAUUAAAGGACGAGGAUGUGUACACAUUUUUCGAGCCAGAACUUCCCCCAGACACUAUAGGUAUGCCAAGAACAAGAGCAACCGAUGCAGUGAAGCUUGCUACUGAGAAACAGUCAUCUCCAAAGCUCCCUUAUGCUAGAAACAGCACGAAGUCUCAGGGUAAGAGUCAGCAGUAUGGACCAAACCUGGACAAGGAAGCAAGCAGAAGCCGCCGAUCAUCACCAGAGAAGAUUUCGUGGAAUGUGCUCGAUCUCAAAAAGGAGAACUAUUUUUCUUGUGCUGUUGGCCAGACUCGCACAAGUGCCCGAUAUCUUCUCAAGACAUCAGAUGACGUCGUUUCAUUUCUCAAAGAAAUGGCAGAAGCAUCCUCGAACACGUCAUCAUCAGUUUGA